AUGAAGUUGGCUCUGGGUACGGCCCUGGGCCUGCUUUGCUCGUCUGCCCUGGUGAUGGCGCAGACUUACACCGACUGCAACCCGCUCGAGAAAAGUGAGUCCAUAGGAUUAAGGCGUGAACGUCAGUAUACAGCUAACCAGUACACAGCUUGUCCUGCAGACCCCGCGCUUGGGAAGUCUGACCAGACCUUUGACUUCACCUCGGGCUCAUCCUCGCAAUUCGCUGCCACAGGAGCCGUCACAUACGAUAGUACCAACGGUGCGACCUUUACAAUCUCCAAGAAAGGCGAUGGGCCCUUGAUCCAGUCCGGCUGGUACAUCAUGUUCGGCAAGGUAGAAUACACCAUCAAGGCUGCAUCGGGAACGGGCAUUGUCAGCAGUGCCGUGCUGCAGUCGGACGACCUGGACGAGAUCGACUGGGAAUGGCUGGGAGGCAAUAAUGCCCAGGUGCAGACCAACUACUUCGGCAAAGGAGACACCAGCAGUUACAACCGUGGCGCCUAUCAUGACAACCCGGGCAAUCACGACGGCUUCCAUACUUAUUCGGUCGACUGGACGAGCUCCCAGAUUGUCUGGGCCAUCGACGGCCAGACGGUCCGUGUCCUCACCCCCUCCACUGCCGACAGCAACCAGUACCCGCAGACACCGAUGAUGAUCAAGGUCGGUGUGUGGGCUGGUGGUGACCCAGACAAUGCCCAGGGAACAAUCGACUGGGCGGGUGGCGUGACCGACUACAGUCAGGGUCCAUUCAACAUGUACCUCAAGUCGAUGACCGUGACCGACUAUUCGACCGGAAACUCGUACAGCUAUGGCGACAAAUCCGGUUCGUGGGAGUCCAUCACUGCCGAUGGGGGCAAGGUCAAUGGCAACAGUGCCAAUGAGCCUACAUCUACCGCAUCUGCUCCCACUAUCACCGCAACGGUGGAUAGUGUCCCUAUCCCUUGGAGCGGAACUCACAGAGAGACGUCCAGUUUUGUCACCCCCGACGUCUGGCCUUGGGUUGCCACAGGCUCGCCAACGGCUUCCACUGGUCUCUCCAGUGGUUGGGAAUCUGCCUCUCGCCAGAUUCAACCUCCCGGCCGGGGUUCAGUGAGUGAGCUCUACCCUGCUCCUACCAACCCAUCUCUAGUAUCAACCACUAAGAACGGAACCCCCAUGUCACAGUCUAUCUCCCCAUUUACAUCAGCACCCUUGGCUUCCUCGUCGGCUGCCUCUUCCCGCUCUGGGCUUAAAACGCCUGACAAGAACGCGACCCGAGUCGCAAGCAGCACUUCUGCAAGCAUGAGCACCACGACUAGGCACAGACAAAUUACCGAUGAGGCUGACACGACGAUGAUGAGUGCACCUACUGCUACGGUGAAUUCCUCUCCUGGUGUUGCCGCUUCGGAUGUUGCCCCUUCGGUUGGCAGUGGGUUCAGCCUGUACCAGGUCCCUGCUGUGCUUAGCACUGUCUGUUUUCUGCUCGGCGGUAUCUUUGCUGUGCUCUGA